UUUUUUUUUUUAAAAUGUUUACUCUCAUGGCGACACUUAGAAGGGAAAAGUCUUGGUUGUGUUUGAGUUUGAUCGGUAAGAGCUGCGGCUGGAUCAGUGCAGCCGCCUUUGCGUCUCUACACUGAAGAAAGCAGCAGAAGAAGCGCCUCUCGUUGGGCAGCGCUUCAGACACACAAAGUAAAGCGGGAAGAAGCUGAAGGGCGACUUAUUAAGGAGAUCUGAAGACUCUUGGAGUUACUUAUUUCACUUUUAAAGGUUUGUAUGUAGUUUCAUGUUAUAAUUAGCAGCUUUAAUAUGGAGGAAUAAACUUUUUUUUUGCGAUUGGGGGAAAGCAUUUUUAAGCUGAGAGAAGAGGUUUUUAGAAUUAAGAUGUUUGCUUUAUGCACAGCUCGGACAGUGCACAGUGGCUCGGAUUGGUGCGUUUGCUCGUUAUGCGCAUUUCUUCUGCCGAAAUUUGAAACUCGUAUAUCAGCUUAUUUUGUUUUCUGUUUUGAUCUCUCUAGACUAGACUAAACUAGACCGUCUAAGUUCAAUUCAGGACUUCACGCAGGCAGCUACUAUAUAAUUUAGCUUCCUCUUGUAAACAUUGUGAUUUUUCUGAACAGGCGAAUGUCCGUUAUUAACGCCGUGUAAACACACACUUUUAGGAGCCUGUUUGCGGCUGCAUGACCUCACCUGACAAAUUACUGGAUGUGUGCAGGGUCACCUAAGCGCUGGCCUGGACGAAGAGCAACAAGUACUUGCAGGGCCGCUUCCCCGGCCCAAUCUCUGUUAAUGCAAGAUGGGCAACUUUUCCACCAAGGACAACAAUGGGAACACAGGGGCACCUUUGGAGAGUUUCCACACUCCACCUUCAUCUCCACAGAGCAGCAUUCCCCAACUUCCACUUCCCACCGCAUCCCCUACUUUACCCCCACCACCAGCUGCAACCGUCACUUCGAGUGGGAAGAAACCACACCAAUGCUCUCCAAGAAGCCCUAUCCCCCCUCCUGACUGGAAGCCUCCUCCACCAGGUGGUCCAAGCAGCUCUGCAGUCAGUCCUGCAGUGAGCCCUGUUCUCAAGAAACCUGGCAGUAUUGUGGCAGGCAAGGGGCAAGCUUAUUCAGGGAGAAAUGGCGGCCUACCGACCCCUACAUCCAGAACGUCGGGCUCCCAAGUGAAGAGUGUGGCUGUUAGUCCUAUAAAGAGUCCUUCGUCGGUGUGCAGCGCGCCACCUGCCACCAGCUCUGUGGAGCAGAGCAAGAAAGAAAGAAACAGUAGUCUGAGUGAGUCCCUCCUGCCGGGUAAUGAAGACAAAGACAAACAAAGCAAAGAACUAGCAAAACUCCUGGAGGAGUGCCGGAGUACACUGGGUGUUACAGACAGACGGGAUGGGACCACAAACACAACAGAGAUGCUAAAGCAACUGCUCACUGAAGUGAAAAGUUUAAAGACUACUUUGCAGACAGAGCGUGGGGAAUGGCUGCAGUUUCAGGCAGACUUUCAGGUGGCCGUGUCAGUGGCUGACCGCCUGAAAGCCGAGGCAGAAGAGGAGCUUACGGCGUUAAGAACGGCCCACAAGGAAAUUGAGAUGGAGCUGGCCGCUGCUCAGCAGAGACAGAAAGAGGCUGAAAAUCAGCUGGUCACUCUACAAAGAGAACUGAAGGAAACCAGGCAAAAACUGUCUGUUUUCACCGAGGUUCAAGACAAAACUGAAGUUCACGGACGACAGGAGCUGAAGACAUCCAAUGGAGAAUCCAAUAUCUCUGAAAGCAAAGAGGGGACCAAUCGGGGCAGGGUGAGGGCAUUGUACAUGCUCGGGGGAGAAAGGAUGGACAGUAAGAGUCAGAAUCUCGUUGUGAAGAAUGUUGUUGAGGACGAUUCAAUAAUAGACUGUAAAGGCAUGACCAGAACUUCCCUGAGAAACGUGACCAAUGAGGAUCAGUACGGAGCAGAUGUUCAGUCCAAUAAUCCACGAAGGGUAACAUCUUCAGAGAGGUCAAGAAGCCUGUCUAGAUUGCCUCCUUCUUCAGACAAUGCUGCCAACCAGAAUGGAACCUUCCAGACUAACUCCACUUCAACACUGGAGUCAACCAACAGGAACUUGGGGCAACUAAGAGGAAGAAAAGGUCUGGAUUGGCAAGAUGGCAAGUUUUCCAGUGAUGCUGGAAAGCGUGAAGAGUCUCUAAAUAAGUACAACUCAGCCCUCACCGAGCUGCCACCCACAAAAUCCCAGGAUGGUUUCAACCUACUGCUGCGUCGCCAUGGAGGCUCAAAGAGAAACUCGCUGCUCCGCUGGUGUCAGAGCAGAACCCAAGGAUACAAGAAUAUUGACAUCACGAACUUCAGCAGCAGCUGGGCAGACGGCCUCGCAUUCUGUGCUGUCUAUCACACCUACCUCCCUUCACACGUCCCUUACAGCAGCCUUAGUCCUGAGAACAAGCGAGAAAAUCUCAGCCUGGCAUUCAAAACAGGAGAGACUGUGGGAAUAACCCCAUCACUGACAGCAGAUGAGAUGCUGCGAGCUGGUGGACCUGACUGGCAGAGGGUGCUGGGUUAUGUGGAGAGCAUCUACCGUCACUUUGAGAUGUGAGGCGAUGCAGGGGGAAUAUUUUGAAGAACAUACACAUUUUUUCAUAACUUCCACCAGUUCUGCCAAAUGGUGGCAAUAGUUGAUAGUUAAUAGGCAACUUGGCAUUUUGGUCCAGAUAUAAUUAUUCUGGAAAAGGUCAAAACAAGGGUGUAUAACCUGCGUUGUGUGCUUUAACAGCUACUGGCUCUUGUAAUAACGUCAAGGGAGUGCACCACACAAAAUAUAUGACCAAUAGUUGAAGACAAACAGAGGAUCCAAAAAUUACUUACACUUAGCGAUUUCUUGGAUAUUUAUCUUUGAAAGUGAGAAUGAUCAAAUAAAGGGCAUAUUUCAUGACUUUUAGGAAUUGUCUUUGAAACUUUUUUUCCAAAAGAUAUUCAAAAAAUAUAUGUAUAUUUUUUAUGCCUAGUUCCCUAACAAAACAGAAAGCAAACAGAAGGCAGUCCAAAAACAAGUUGAAAGAAUGAUAAAGUCAUCUGUUGGACAGUGCAGAACAGCAUUGUCAAUCAAGAAGAGAGCAGUGAUGAGGAAGUCUGCAGAAGAGCUUAACCUCCCAUUAAGAUUAAUCUAAAGGCUCUAAAUGUGUCAAAAAAGUUGCUUUUGAUUUUUUUUUUUCCAUUUAUAAAUUAA